AACAAUACGCCAACGAAAUAACGGUAUCGUUAUCGUGCCCACGCGCUCAGUCAGAUACUGACGUGCCCCGUAGUGUGCGCGGAUUUCCGGUCUUCUGAGCUAUUGAAGCGUUUUUUCUCGCAUUCGCGUCGUUGGAAAAAAGCAUCCUGCGUACCAUCGGAUAUAACAAUUUUUUUAAAGCCAGCUUUCACAUUUGGGCCAGGGAAUCGUUAAUCGAAUGGCAGCAUAAUUAAGUGCGUGGCGCCCAGCCAGAAAUUCCAAUGCCCCGCCCACGCAGCAACGGUUGCAACAUCGUUGACCGCCAGACAAGUGCAAAUCACUGCUCGUAGCAUCGGUUUAAAAUCCCAAAGGCACUCCGGGUUGUCCCACCGCAUCCUUGGCAGCAUCCUAGCAGGGAUUGGCUUUCAGGAAACCUGUUCCUCGUGUCCUCCCAUGGAAGAUCUGGAACCGGAAACGGAAACGGUAAAUGUAAAGGGAACAGGAACUGGAACAAGAGCAGCCCAGUGAACGGAAACGAAACCGAUUGCGCAAAAGGACUCAACGCAUCCGCAAGGCAUGGACACCGCUGCUGCCGCCGCCGUUGUUGUCGCCGUUGACCUGAGUCCCACGAGCAACGGAAAGACGCCGCUCCUUAGCAGCUCUAAGACUAGUUACGCUCUCGUUACCGGAUCCGGAUCCGGAUCAGGAUCGGGAUCGGGGUCAGGGUCAGGGACAAUUCCUGCCCCAGCAACUGGAGCAGCCUGCGAUUGCUUGGGCAGCACUGUGGAGGCCAUGUCGGUGACACCGCCACCGACUCCACCCUCUCGUUCAGGGGAUAGUCAUGCCAUGGAGUCCUGCAGUAGCGUCAAAGAGGCCGGAGCACCAGGAGCCGCAACAGCAUCACCAGCAGUCGAAACCAGAACCACUCAGGACUCAGCAAGCAAUCCCGCCACAUCACAGUCUUCCGCCAACGCUUCCACAACGCCAACGUCUGCCUUGCUUGCCACAGCCACAGCCACAGCAACCGCUACACCGGGAUCGGGAAUGGGAACUAGUACGGUAACGGGAACAGCAACACCAGCCACAGAUCAACAUUCGCCGGCAGUCAUCACCCCCACGACUAGUCCGCCACCUAGUGUGGGCCAGCUGCUCCAUUGGCAGGACAUGCCCCAGUACCUGCAGUUCAAUCCCUAUGUGUUGCGAGGAUACCGGCCCCUGCAAACCUUCAAGGGCUGCCUCCUCAGCCUCUUCUACUGGCACAACGAGACCAUCAACAUUCUGACACAUGCCAUACCUAUCUUCUAUAUCCUGGCAAUUGUGCCCGGCCUGAUGCCCUGGGACAGCGGCUACAAGUUUCUAUCGUUCUGCCACGUCUUCGGAUCGGUGGCACCCUGGUGCGGCAGCUUCGUCUACCACUUGUUCAUGAACAUCGAGAAAGGAGAGAACGUCUACUACACACUCCUCAAACUGGACAUGGUCGGCAUCUGGGUGAGCCAGAGCUUUGGUGCCUUGCCUCUAGUCACAGCCACUACUCUCUGUUUUCCGCCGGUUCUGAAGUGGCUCAUCAUCAUCUCCUAUUGCGUGCUCUCCCUCUGGGGUCUCUAUAAGGCCCUGACCGCCAGCUCGCCCUGGCAGCGACGCUUGUGCUUCGCCCUGCCCUUCGCCAUGCGCUCCAUCCUGACCUUCCUGCGCAUCCGGGGAAUGGUGGGCGGCAGCCACAUGGCCCUCUCCCAUGUCUACCUGCAGGUUGAAGUUGACGGCGUCUCCAUACUGGGCGGUGCCAUCGGCGCGAUGCGCAUCCCGGAGAAGUGGUUUCCCGGCGUGGUCGAUUUCUAUCUCAAUUCCCACAAUAUAAUGCAUGUCCUAGUCGUGGUGGCCGUAUACUCCAUGCACAAGGCCACCAUCAAGGACUUCGAGUGGAUGUCUACCCAAACCUGCCACACGGUCGCCAACGCCACGGAGCAGGCCCUCGGCCAUGUGGAACUAUGACCCGUUUACUGGCUGCUGCCCUUGGUGCUGCUGCCCUUGCCUUGGAUGCUUCUAGCCCGUCGGAGAAUGCGGUCCGUGCGUGUCAUCCGCGCCUUGAUCGCCCCCCUUAUCUGGCGUCGCCGAAGGGGGGCUGGGGUUGGGGCUGGGGCUGUGCCACCAUCCCCACCCGCUCCCGGGCCAGCGCCUGCGCCACCACCCCCCAACCCCGUCGACGGGUGAAACUGAGCAGAGCGCAUGGGCGCCCGCUGACUAGCUCGCGAACUGUCUGAAAGAGCUGACUAGAUAGACCAUUGAAGCUAACAUAGGAAGUAGCUACUUGAAUAUACCGUGUAUAAGAGAGCGGAGAUGCUGUUGCAGUAACAAUAUACAUAUGUAUAUCUAGGAAUAGGUAUAGGCCAUACACACAUACAUAUGUGAACCGUGUGUGUGUAUUUACAAAUAGUACAUACUUCGACUGUGGUAUUAAGCAUUAAGGUUAUAUAAUUACUGGGGCGAGACAAGUGGUGUCUGGUCCAGGACCAGGACCAGGACCAGAACCAGAACCAGAACGCAGGACAUCACGGACGACCAGAACAUGGAACAGAGUCUUCGGAUUUUCACGCUAAACAACUACCCUUGAGGCAGAAGGACGGUUAAUGAUUUAAAUAAUGUUGAUACACAUGUACCUCAUUGUGCUUACGACAACAAAACACAUCUAAUUUCAAGUACUCGUACAUAUAUGUAUUGUAUAACUUUGUACCUCGUCGAUGGAAAGGAUAAACUACAAUAAGCAACACACCUAUAAGCUAAUCUCUUCCUAGUUGAACUUUUUUUAGAUAUGCAAUUUGUUAAUUUUUGGUGCAGCUAGUGGUAGUUAAGUAAGCCUAGUUGAAAGCUCCAAUCUGUGCAUAGUUGUGAACUAAUCGAAGCGAAUCGAAUCUAAACUAAAUCACUCAGUUGCUGCGGUUGUGGAUGCUGCCGGAGGUCGUGGAUGCCGAGGUGCUGGUAGUUAGAGUCACCCGUAUUCCAUAUGGAUCCAGGGUGGAUGGGAAUCAAAUACAAUCUGGCAAACGCCGCUACUGCAACGAAUCACGUACAUCAUACGUAGUGAGGGCUAUAUAUAUUAUAUAUAGUUCGAUAUGAAUUCGGUUUAUAUCAUUUAUGUCAAUUGAUUGCGCAAUAUUAACCUCAAGUAUUUAUUGAGCUCCUCGAGCAUUGAAUAUAUGGAUAGAACCGCAAUAUUUAUUAACGAGUACCCUAGGUAUUAAGCAUGAAUUAGGUAUAUGAGGCAGGUAUACAAAACUUAUAGAAACCCAAUCCAGAUAACUAUACGAUAGCGAGCGUUCAGAUAGUCGUUCUAUUUUAUUCCAACCAAUGCGAACAAUUAUGAGUAUAUCCUUUUCGUAGUGUCAAUAAUUUACACCGCCCCUCCCUGGAACGACAAACAUAAAACAGGCCAAGGAUUUUCUUCGAUAUAGGACCUAUACUUUACGGAUUUUAGUCUCCUAAACAUCUCUUUAUUCCAUGAAUAUGUCCAUCAGAUAUCUGUGCAAUACCUAGUCUGAUAUGGUGGCUCGUUUUAAAAGACUGGAAUCCUUAAAGAACAAGUCCUCUAUCUGAAAAAACCUCUAUGCCUCUCUAAUAAAUAGGAAGACUCGACGCUUUAAGU